AUGGAGACUCCUCUUGAGAAGGCCCUGACCACCAUGGUUACCACUUUCCAUAAAUAUUCAGGGAGAGAGGGAAGCAAGCUGACCCUGAGCAGGAAGGAACUGAAGGAACUGAUCAAGACAGAGUUGAGUCUCGCAGAGAAGAUGAAGGAGAGCAGCAUCGAUCACCUGAUGAAGAGCCUGGACAAGAACAGUGACCAGGAGAUCGACUUCAAGGAGUACUCGGUGUUCCUCACCACGCUGUGCAUGGCCUACAAUGACUUCUUCCUGGAGGACAAGUAA